AUGGCAGACCUAGGCCCAACAGCCGCAGCAGCAGCAGCAGCAGCAGCGGCAGCAGCAGCGGCAGCAACCACAACUCAACAGCACCCCAACCCGUCCUCCUCGCCCUCCCCAGGCCAGGCGCUCUCCCCGUUUGCUCCUCCCGUCUCCCCACUCUCCCCUGCUUUUCUAGCCGAUUCUCUCCUUUGGAACCGUCUCAAGGCGGAAUCUCAUCUAAGAGACUUGGCUUUGAGAGAUUCGAAAGCGGCGGAUUUGGCUUUAAGGGACUCAAAAGCGGCGGAUUAUUCGAAAGCGGCGGAUUUGGCUUUAAGGGACGUGAAAGUGGAUGACCUGGGUUCAGGUCCAAGAGACGUGAACGCUUUCAACAGUCUGGAAAAAGAGGGUCAGUUGCGGGGUUUGGAAGAGGCUCAAGAAGCAAGAUCGGCUCACGAGGCGAGAGCGGCGCACGAGGCGAGCGCGGCGCACGAGGCGAGCGCGGCGCACGAGGCGAGAGCGGUGUACGAGGCGAGAGCUGCUCAAGAAGCGAGAGCGACGCACGAGGCAAAAGCGGCGCAAGAGGCGAAAGCAGCAGACCUGGCUUUAAGGCUGCAGCUGGAGGGGCGGCUAGGGCCGCAGGAGGCAGCGCGGCAGCUGGAAGCGUUUUCUGAGGCGCCGCAAAAGCCGCAAAAGUCUAGAGGAACGGAUUUGGCUUUUGUGACGUCUCAAAAGUCGCAGGAGGCAGCGAGGCAGCUGGAAGCUUUUUCUGAGGCGCCGCAAACGCACAGAGGAACGGAUUUUGCGGCGAUUCUUGACUCGGCGCAAAAAGCGGCGCAGGAGUCGAGAGCUGCGGACCUGGCUUUAAGGUUGCAGCUAGAGGGGAGGCUGGGACCGCAGGAGGCAGCGCGGCAGCUGGAAGCGGCUAGGCUAGCCGCUGCUGGGGUCUUGGGGGGGGCAGGAGCAAGGGGAGGGGGGAGAGGCGGAGGGGUAGGCGCAGGGGGUGGCGCAGGGGACGGGGCAGGAGGAAGCGGGGGGGGAGGCGCGGGGGGAGGGGGAUUGGGGGGAACUGGAGCAGGAAUGGGAGCAGGUGUUGGGAAAGGGGGAGGAUUAGGGUUGGGGAUUGGAGGUGGGGAGAUGGACGCGGGAGGGCGAGGGGGGGAUGGGUGUGUGCGGAAGGGGGAGAAGGAGAAUCAUAUCUUUGGAGCGGUUUUUGAGACGCCUCAGAAGAAAAGGUCGUUUGAAGCUGCUUUGAAGGGUGGUACUGGUGGGGGUGAAUUAGGAGGGCGAGGCGGGGAGGGGUUUGGAAAGCAGGGGGAGGGAAGGAUGGGCCGUGAAGUGAAUCAGCAAGGGGAGUGGUUUGGAAAGCAUGGGGAGUCUAGACUGACGGAGGGUGGGGAGCAGAGAGGGAAGGAAGAAGGGGUGGAUGAGGAGGAAGGGGGAUGGAGGGGGCAUGAGGGUGUGGUGAAGAGGGGGAGGAGAGAGGAGGUGACAGAGGGGGUGAGGGGUGUGGGGGAUGAGGGGAGGAGAAUGGGAGGAGUGGGAGGAAUGGGAGGAGUGGGAGGGAUGGGAGGGAUGGGAGAGGGGCAAGGGCAGGGGGUGCAGGUUCCUGCGAAUUUCUUCCUGAAUAGAUGGGCUUCGGUGGGGAGGAGUAAGAAGGAGUUGGAAGCGGUGGCAGGGGGUUCGGCAGCUGGCGAGAGGAGAGCAGUGAAGGAAGAGAAGAGGAGAGAGGAGGAUAGGAGAGGGAAGGAGGGGAGAAGAGUUAAAGAGGAAAGGGAGGUGGAAGACUGGAGGACAGGCGGGGAUAAGCGAGCAGUGGAGGAGAGGAGAGCAGUGGAUGAGGAGAGGAUAGGGGAAAAGGGGAGAGCAGUGGAGGAUGUGAGGACAGUAGAGGAGUUGAGGGCGGUUGAGAGGUUGAGAAGCAACAUGGCAAAGUGCUUGGGGGAGGAAGUGGCUGGACGGGUCUUUGCCGCCAUGCAGUCUCAGGAGGAGGAGUGCGCCAGGCAGAUUCGCCAGCUGCAUCAACUGCAUGAGAAGCAGCAGCAGCUUCUGUGUCAGCUGAAGCCGCCAGUCAUACCCCCUCCCUCCACCACCUCCACAUCCUCCCUUCCCUCCCCUGCUGCUGCUCCUCCCUCCACCUCCUCCCCUCCCUCUCCUGCUGCUGCUCCUCCCUCCACCUCCUCCCCUCCCUCUCCUGCUGCUGCUCCUCCCUCCACCUCGCUCCAUAUGGGAGGAGUACCAGCAACAGCAACAACAGCAGCAACAGCCUCCCCUGCUGCUCCCCAUCGCGCUGUCUCUCCUGCUGCUGCUCCUCCCUCCACCUCGCUCCAUAUGGGAGGAGUACCAGCAGCAACAGCCUCCCCUGCUGCUCCGCGUCGCGCUCUCUCUCCUGCUGUUUGCACACCUCUCUCCCGCAAGAGACCCACGCCUACGUUCAACCCACCCGAAAGCUGGGCUCGGGCCACCUAUGCAUGCAACGGAUUCAAGGCAGAACCAGAAGCUAGAGGUGAGGAUGCCCCAGCAGCUGGUUCUCUUGACAGGCGUGGUGGUAAGCUUGACCUGGAAGCUGAUUUGUCCAAAGCAGAUCCGCCCCAGUCGCUUCCUUUCAGCUCGCUUUCAGGAGUGGAAACAGAAGCUAACGAUGCAGCUGAAGCGGAGGGUGUUGCAGCUGACGCAGCAGCAGAAGCAGAAGCUGAAGCAGCUGGGUCUGCUGAAGGGAGUGGUAAGCUUGAUUCUGAAGCUGAUCCGCCGAAAACAGACCCUCCAAAAACAGACCCGCCGAAAACAGACCCGUUGAAAACAGACCCGCCGAAAACAGACCCGCCGAAAACAGACCCGCCGAAAACAGACCCGUCGAAAACAGACCCGCCGAAAACAGACCCGCCGAAAACAGACCCGCCGAAAACAGACCCGCCGGAAACAGACCCGCCGAAAACAGACCCGUCGAAAACAGACCCGCCGGAAACAGACCCGCCGAAAACAGACCCGUCGAAAACAGACCCAUCGAAAACAGACCCGCCGAAAACAGUCCCUCUGAAGGCAGACCCUCCCAGAAGUGAACUUGAAGCUUCUGGUUUGAAUGUCGCUAGGAUGGGAAAGGCUGAGGAUGGAUCGGCUGAUGGGACAGGGAGCAUCGGGCAAAAGUUGGAGGCAGAUUCUCCCAGACUAGAUUUUUCCAGAUCAGAUCCUUCCAGAUUAGAUCCUUCCAGAUCAGAUCCUUCCAGAUCAGAUCCUUCCAGAUCAGAUCCUUCCAGAUCAGAUCCUUCCAGAUUAGAUCCUUCCAGAUCAGAUCCUUCCAGAUCAGAUCCUUCCAGAUUAGAUCCUUCUAGAUCAGAUUCCGAUGCAGUGGAAAGGGAACGAGAAGAUGUUUCUGCAGCAGAACCGGAGGGAGGGGAGAAGAAGGUAGGGGAGGGGGAGAGAGGGGAAACGGAGAGAGGGGAAGGGGUGAGAAGGAAUAGGGAGAAGGAGCAAGGGCCAAUCGGGGUAGUGGAAAAGGAGGAAAAGGAGAGUGGGGAAAGGGAGAAGGUGUGGAAGGAAGAGAAAGGGGAGAAAGAGGACAGGAAGAGAGAGCGAGGAGGAGGGGAGGAGGGAAAGGAUCAGCCAGGAGAAAGAGAAGAAGGGAAGGAAGAGGAAGGGAAGGAAGAGGAAGGGAAGGAAGAGGAAGGAAAGGAAGAGGAAGGGAAGGAAGAGGAAGGGUUGCAGCAGCAAGAACAGGAGCGAAAGGAUCAGGGGGCCGAAGAAAGAAAGAAAGAGGAUGCGGCAAAAGGGGGGAAGGGGAGAGAUGCGGGGGAAGAUGAGGUUACUGUAAGGGAGGAAGGGACUAUGAUGGCAUGUGUUGAUGGGGAGAUGUUGGGGGACAGUAGUAUGGAGAAUCCAAUUUGUGGGGUUAGUAGAAACGGGGAGAGGAAGGAAGACGAGAAACAGGGACGGGAGAAAGAGGCAGGGGUGACAGUGGAGGGGGAGAAAGCGGGUGGGAAGAGAGCAGGGGAAGUGACAGAAGGGGGGGACAAAGAGGAAGGGGGGCAAGAGGAUGGGGAGAAAGAGGAGAAUGAGGGAAGGGAGGAAGUGGAAGGGGAGAAAAAAGAGGGGAAGAAAGAGACAAAAGGAGAGGAGGGAGGAGAGAAAAAGCAAGGAAUGAAAGAGGAAGGCAAUGUGGAAAGGGAGAAGGUGGCGGGGGCUGAAGCAGAGGCAGGAGGAGAAGAAAGAAGAGAUAAAAUGGGAGAGGUAUAUAAGGAGGAGAAGGUGUGGGAGAUGGUGGGGAAGAUGGGGAAAGGGGAAGGGGAGGCAGGAGAGGGAGAAGGUAAGACAGAGAAAUUGGAGGAUAUCAAAGGGAGGAUGGAGAGUAUUAAUGGGUCUGAGGAGACAAGGGAGGAGGAAGUGAUACUGCUGAAGCCGGAGGUCAUGCCAGGGAGAAGGAAUCAAUGUUGA